AUGGUGAAUGCGGAGUGCAGUGAGGAUGACUUACCCUCCAGAAAAGUGUACGCAGCAUUAGAAAAAAGGGGUAAACAUACAUGUACGGAAAUCAGUUCUUGGACACAACAAAUAGAAGAAAUUUUAGAUAAGAAAUUAAGUAAUCAGUGGCAACAUGAAGCAGGGGAAUAUGCAACAAAAUUUUCCCAAGCUUGGUGUCUUGUGUCUAAAAUGAACACAGCGGUGGGACAACCAUGUGAAAGAGUAUGUGAUUUCUUUUAUUUUUGGUUAGGGGAUAUGUUAUCGGACAAAUUGAGUGGAUGGACUACUGAACCUGAGGUUGUUAUACAAAGCAUCUACACUAAAUUGAAUGGUGUGUCAAACAACGAACUGUGUGCUAACACUUUUUUGAGCAGUAAUAUGGACACAAGUUUCCUCCAACGAAGGAAAAAAGUCUUUGACUAUUGGCAUGACUACCGAACCAUAUGGAAACAACUAAAGGAGUGUGGUAGUUCUUGUAAUGGAGCAUAUGACACCUACCUAAAUGGUGUUAAGGAAAAAGGUGAAGACGGUGGAGCUGAUGGUGCUUAUAGCAUGGUAAGUGCAAAUUGUGGAAGUGGGGAACAUGCAAAUAAUAAUGAUUCCUUCUGUACAGAUUUCUGGAAUAAGAAGUUCAAACAAAAAGUUCAUGGUGAUGGUAGCAACCCUAUCCCAAAACCAGGGGACUUGAAAUCAAAAGCUAUGGAGGAAGGGCAAGACCCUCCAUCAGAAACGGAGGAUGAGAAGAAUCUCAAUUCCUGUUUCGAACAGUUGUCCUCAACAGUUUCUUCAUCAUUACCACAGGAAGCUAUAAUCUUUUACCUUCUCGGUUUGGUAACCAAUUUGCAUCUAGAAGAUGAUCAUCUGCUAGAUGAAUGA